GUUUUAGUUAAUCUCAAUCAAACGACAAGGGGUGGCUACCUAAGAGCCCCCAGUUUAAUUAGUAACAACCCGAGUUUUUAGUCAGCACACAUCACCGUCUUUGUGGAUUCGACUCCGAACUUACCGGAUAUUAUGCUGCGUCGAUCUUCGCCCUACGCUUGGGGCAACCCAUUAUUUUAGGUCUAGAAAUCCAUCAAGCAUUUUUGGCGCCGUUGCCGGGGACGGUUAUGUGUGUUAAGAAUUCGGGUAGUUAUUUUUUAUUUGUUUUCUUUUUAGUUCUUUAUUUUUUUUAAAUUGUUGAAAAGAAAAAUGGCCCAUUUUGCAAGGUGGUAUGGAGGUUAUGCAAACCAAUUUGAUUGUCCAGUGUCACUUCCAAUAUUUUAUGGUUUGGCCUCAGAAAAUCAUUUUUCGCAUAUUCAUGACCUUGAGAAAGCUUUUGAUAGAGAUGAAGUGGCUCUCUUACAUGUAUUUUCAGCAUCUUUGCGUGAUAGUUCUCUAGAUUGGUUUAAUUUAUUGAGUCCAAGAUUGACAUGGGGUGAGAUUGUGAUACAAUUUUUCAAUCAUUUCAAUCCCUCAUAUGAGACUCAUAUGCUUUUACAAGAACUAUCAGAUUUCUCUCAACAUGAUGAUGAGUCUUUGUCACUGUGUUGGGAGCGAUUUAAAUUUGUUGUAUUCUCUUGGUCGAGUUUUAAUUGUGAGCUUGGCAGUCUUCUGGUUAUCUUUUGUCGUGGUUUAAACCUUAAGCCAUGCGAGGUGGAUUUUAGGUCCACUGACGAAUUCUUGGAUAAAACCCCUGAAGACGCUUGGGAUUUCUUAGAUGAAUUAACCCAAAAGCUCCAAUUUUGUGAGUUGACUAAAAAUUCUGAGGAUACCAAUUCUGAUGGGAGAGAAAAAGAGGAAAAAGAGCCACUUCCUGAGGAUACCAAUUCUGAGGUGAGGGUAAAAGAGGAAAUAGAGCCGCUUCCUGAGGAUACCAAUUCUGAUGGGAGGGAAGAAGAGGAAAUAGAGCCUCUUGUCAUUAGUGAGGGCUAUAUGCCUUUUGAGGAAUUAUUGCCAAUAGUUGCACUGAAUAAUCAAGUACUCUCGGCUCUAGAUUGUGCCACCCCUUUUACUGAGUCUCCACUUUCGCAAGAGUUUUUGAAUGUGGAACUGAUUGAUUUUUUUGGUGUUGAUAAAUUUAAUUUAGUUUAUCAUCCAUAUCUUGUGGACUUUGUCAAUGCUUUGAAAAUUGAUCUAGUUUGGGCUAUACACUUGGUGGUAUUUAAAUGUUUAAAACGAAUUCGGCAAAUGUGCUACUCAAAAUAUCUUAUCUUAUGGCAUGGCCGAGUUCAAUUCUUGAUAAAAUGUGUAGAAUGGAGUACUAUGUUCAUUGUCUUAGCUCUUGUUGGCAUGAUAAAUGUUCGGAACCCACGUUUGGCUACACUUGAGCUGUUGGGUAAUAGAUGUAAUCUACAACUUUUGUGUGUGUCAUGUAAGGUACCCUCUUCUGCCUAUGCUUCACUGCUACUCCUGUGUGUAGUGCAGCAAGGGUUUAACAUAGAGUACCACUGGUGCUUUGUUGGUCUAGCUGAUCAUUCAUUGAAAGUGCUGACUGUGAUGGCAGUUUUUAUGUUGUAUAAGGUAUCAAGCUCCUGCCUGCUGCUGUCCAGUACUGGCUGUCUGCUACUGUUCUGCUUCGCUACUACUACUGCAUCCUGGUUGCUACUGGCUGUUGCUAUAAUGGCAGCAAACUGCUGCUGUAUCAGAGCCCUUUUGGCUGCUGUAUCUAGGCUCCACAAGACUAUACAAGCUGCGUGCAUCAUUUUGCAAUUCCAGCCAGUCAAUUUCCAAGUGGCUAAAAGUCUUUGUGAAAUCCAAACCUUCUUGUUAAUUCCAUUUGCCACUAGCCUUGCCUUGUAUUUAGCUGCACUUUCAUCUGAGUGA